AUGGCGGAGGACCCUUCGCAACGAUUCGUCUGGCUACCGAUGCUAUCCUAUGUGCUUCUCGUUGAAGCUUCCUGGCCCUCUGUCAGUCAAUCUACCGCUUAUUCGAUUCCUUUGACGUACUCUUUAUUGUUAGCUAUUUUCAACCGUGGUCAGCAAACAUCAGCCUAUAACGAUCAAAGAGGCCGAUUAUCAUUGGAAGAACAGACCCUCAGAGGAGAUAAAGAGAAACAUGGUUUCCAAGGGGCAUAA